AUGAAUAAAAAUUAUGUGAAAGAUUGUAAAGUUUGUGGAUCAACAAAAAAUGUUUACAAUCAUUAUUGUGUCCGUACAUGUAAAGCAUGUGGAGCUUUCUUUACUCGUUAUCUCGAACAAAAAGAGGGGAAAUAUGAAUGUGUUUGUUUAAUAAAAACAACUGAAAUUAAAAGUAAAAUUGUUGUUGAUAAAAACACAAAUAAAGAAUUCCGGUUAGUUUGUAAAGGGUGUCGACUUGAAAAGUGUCUUGCUGUUGGAAUGAAAAAACCAAGUAAAAAAUUAAUUUAA